AUGCACUUCGGAGACUGGGAUCUGAGGCCGCUCGUCUUGCUGGGACUGCUCGGACUACUCUUUGUUGGACGUGAGUUCUUUUUUUUGAAAAGUUUGCAUCAGAAUAAUGUUGUCAGCGGAAAGGCUGAGAAUUCUUAAAUCGCCAAGCUUUCUAAACAAAUUUUCCCAUAGUUCCGUUUGCCGUUUUCUGUAUGUAGGCAAAUUUGAAAAAAAUGGGAUACCUUUUUAUUAGCCUUGUCUCCAAAUUUUUUCCAUAAUUUCUUUAUCAAUCUAAAAUUUGAUUCGAUUUACUCUAUUAUUUUCCUACUCACAUUAAAUUCCAUAACUUCAACCAUAUGGCUUUGCUAAUCUAAUGAGUAUAAUUUUCAUUAAAUUCCCCUUUUUUUAUGGACCCUUUAUGUAAAUUUAAUCAAAAAUUUUGAUGACCUUCCCAACCUUCAAGAAGAAUUUGGGUUCUUUUUAUCUUCAAAAAUCGGAUUUGCUUCGAAUUCAGGAUAAAAAACGUCAAGUCUAAUUUGCUAUGCCGCCUCAAUGUCCUAUCACAGAUCAAUGUCAUUUAAGAAGACUAAUAUUAAACUCGAAAAACAAUUUCAAAACACGCUCGACUAACAAGCUUUUCAAUAGCAUUUUGUAAUGAAUUUUAUAUUUAAUAUACCUGCAAUUUCGUUUUCACGAAAAGUGAUUUAUGGCCGGUUUUUUGCAGAAACAAGCGCUGAAGGUCAUCCUGAGUCAUGCUCCGCCGAACAGAUUCUCACAUCGCCGUGCCGUUGCUGUAAAAUGGACUGUUGGUACACGAUAGCCAAGGUAGGUUCUUUACCUUGCUGAUACGUCUGGUAAAAAUUGUGGCACGCAUUUUAAAAACGGGUUUUUUUAGAUUUUUUUGAAAAUAACGACAAAAUAUUUUUUUGAUACAAAGUUCAAUACUUUUUUAUCUGAAACAAGCCCAAAGAAUGACCAAAAUGUCAAAUUUAAUUUCAAAUCUAUGUAAUAUCAGUGCAAGUCAUCCACAGAAUUUAGAUUUGUGUGGUGACAAAAUUUUGCCAUCCGAUUGGUCAAACAUCAAUAUUUUGUACCUUUUUUGCCGCUUGGAAAAGCCUUUCCACGCACUAUGAAUUCUCGAUCUUGAGCACUAAAAUAGAAUUUAAGUUUACCGUGACGCGCCCAGAAUCUAAUACGAUGCCGCCUACACCCGGCGUUCUAAAAAUAAAAAAUUCCGAAUUCAAUUUCUGAAAUCUCUUCCUCAACUCGGAUAAAAUCUCGAGUUAGGAAAGCACCUUUCCCACAGUAAUCAAUUCAGAAUUUAUAUUUAAUCUUAUAGACAUUGUGGGUAGAUUAUACUGCAGUAUAAAAGUAAUAUAAAAUUAUGAAUUUUUAAGAGAAGACGGUAAAUAAAAAUUUCCGAGUUAAUGGUAGAGUGAGACGAUUAUGGAGGAGUUGCAGGUGCUUUGGAAACGCCAUGCUUCAUUCAUUUAAAUGCGCAUUUAUAAGUUACUGUUAUGCGCAAUUUCAAUGAAAUAUUAUAUAAUCGUAAACGUGCAAAAAUAGAGGAUAGAAUGUAGAGGGUUUGAUGCAUCAUAAUUGCGGCAUAGACAGUAAAUCGAUUUUUUUGGCAUGAAAAUAAAUAUCAGUACCUUUUUGCGAUAACAAAUUCCAAGCAAAAUUAUGGAGAGUACAGUCAAAGAAAUAUUUUUUAAUCUUUCCCAAAACGUCUGAUCUUAAAGGAUUCUUUGUUUUGUAAUUGGAGCCUUUCUCCCAUUCAUCCAGAACUAAAUUAUCAACAAAUUUUUGAAUAUGAAUCUCCUUUUUUUCCCUCAUUCAUCCUCUAACCCUUUCAAUUCCAGACCGCAACACACGAGCUGGGGCAUGUCCCCGGUCAGGCUGGCGAGAAUGAGGCCCUCGCCACCCUCAAGUUGAUCCGCGCCUGCAUGAUGGAGGAAUGCGCGGAGCUGUGCCCGCAACGGACCCCCUUCCGCCCCAAUCGACUGCUCGCGCAGGCGGCGGAGGAGUGA